GCCCUCAGAGAUUUUCAUUGUUACAUUUGACAAUGCCACGUUCCAGCAAGAGAUCCAGGGCAGCCAAGAAAAGGAUAUCUGCUCCAGAAGACCAAGGAUCCACUGUUGAGAUGCCGAGGAAGAAGAACUGGCGGAAAGGGCGUCAUCACUUGGCUGCUGCUGCAACAUGUAGCGCCUUGUCUGAUUUUUCUCUAUCCACUGAUCCCCACUCUACCCCUUGUGAUAUCCCAUCUUCAUCCCCCACCCCAAGCUCUGAUUUUCCUCCUCUUCCGACCUCUCGGUCAUCUAUCUUUAGGCCCUGUGACUCUCUUUCACAGUCUGUGCCUGUUGUGAGCUGUGAUAAUGUAUCGCAGUCUCUUUCAAGGACCAGUGGAGCAUCGUUCACACUGCCUCUGCAAUCUAUAAGGUGUGCAGCCAUUGGGGCAUACUGUUCUCACGGUGAAACUCUCAGUCACCAAGGAAAAAAACUUGAUACAAACCUUGCAAACUUUUGUACAAAACUGUGCAACGCUGAAAACUUUGAAAUGAAAACUAUUGUAAUACCUGAUGAAAUUAAAACUAUCAAAAGUCAUUCAACAAACUCUGUUGAAUACAUGAACAGUGGUGAGCUGUCCAACACCGUGCCUCCAAGCUGUCAUAACAGGUAUAUACAAGGAUCUUUUCAUCAAGGACAUGUGAUGUUUGCAGAAAAUGCAGGCGUACAAUGUCUGACAAACAGUUUAACAGCAAUGUUGAUGAAUGAACUGAAAGAUGUGUGCACGUGGCAAAGUAGUGACCUUGAUAUUAUUCUUGUGAAUGGAAACGAGCUUUAUACGUCAGUGCAGAACCGCAAUCAGGUAAAACAUACUCAUCUUUUGGUAAGUGAUUUGCCAAAGUCUCAUGUGUUGCAUAAUGUUGAUUUUACAAUUAAUCUUGGACAAGCAUUUAGUGGCAUAGUAGGAGUACAUGAUUAUGAUCCAGAUUUGGCAGACAUGUCAAUAAGCCUUUAUGAAGCACUGCAAAGAGUAGUACUAGAAGAUGACAGCUGUUUUUUGACAAUUAAUAAAAGUACUUGUGCCAUUAUUAAACACACCAGUGGUUAUGCAGUAUUUGACUCCCACGCACGCAGCUAUGAUGGCCUUCUUCAUCCAACAGGAAAAAGUGUUGUGUGUUUCUUUCAAACUUUUGAGGAUAUGUACAGCCAUCACAUUAAUAGGCUUGCAAGUUCAAUGAAUGCCUUUGGAAAACCGUUUGAGGUAACUGGAAUGAGCUUUACAAUGAGAUUAGAAGACGGCAACAACAUAAACACUACAGCACUACACAAGUCUAAAUCCUUUAGAAAAAAUGUCCAAGAAGGCCCUCGAUUUGUUUGCUCAGCUUGUCAUCGCCAGCUUUUUCGAAAGCAAGUCAUUGAAUGUAAACAUGAUCGCUACACAACCAGUCCAACAGUUGCUGCUUUGGCAAAACAGUGCAUUACAGAUACAUAUUUACAGACUUGUAAUGAAGACUGUGAUAAUAACUGCACUGCACAUAUUCAAUCGUCUAAGUUGUGGAUAUGUCACACAUGUCACCGUAAAAUUGGUGCUGGUAGAAUGCCUCAAGAAAGUGUAGCCAACAAUUUGCAUUUGGAAGCCAUUCCUUCUCAGCUACAGUGCUUAAAUUCACUUGAGCAACACUUAAUAGCGAAACAUAUUCCUUUUAUGAAACUGUUGGCAUUACCAAAGGGCGGACAAAAUGGUUGCCAUGGACCUGUCGUAUGUGUUCCAUCUAAUGUCGAUCAAGUAACAAACAUGCUCCCACGAAAUGAUGGAAAUGAUUUAAUGUUACGAAUUAAACUAAAACGCAAAUUAACAUACAAGGGGCAUUAUGAAUAUAAACAUGUCCAUACAAACCAUGUCUAUAAUGCGUUGGAGUACUUAAAGUUAAAUAACAAAUGGUAUCAUGACAUUAGCAUUAAUAAUGAAUGGAACAAUGAAAUAUGUGAUAACGCUGUGUCAAUACAUACAACAAGCGUUUCUAAUGAAAGAAAAAAGAACAAAACGGAAAAUGAUUCCGAAAGUGAUGAUCCUGAAGAAGAGUUGACAUACACUGAACAAACACAUGGAAUGUUUCUAGACACAUGUUUACAACCAGUAGAUAUUGCACAAGAAGUUUUGGAUCAACAUUUUGACUCUGUGUUAUCAGUUGCCCCUGCUGAGAAUAAUCAUCCCAUUAAACUGUUAGAAGAUGCUACAAAUGAAGGAAAAUGUUUUCCUAUGUUAUACCCCACGGGAGCUCCUACUUUUCAUGACCCUCGCAAAGAAAGAAUAACCCUGGCAAAAUAUUUAAAUACACGUUUACUGAAUGCUGAUGGCAGAUUUGCUAAAAACACAGACUUCAUAUUCUAUGCCCAGUACAUAUCAGAAGUACAACAAGUUCUUUCAAAUGUUUCAAUUGCCAUGCGCAAAGGUUCAGGCACUGAAUUGACUCACAAAGAGCAACCCAAUUUGUUAACUGAUGCAGAAUCUUUAAAACGAGUGUUAAAAAACGACGAAGGCUACAAGUUCUUAAGACCUAUACGUGGAACACCCCCCUUUUGGCAAUCUGCACAAAAAGAUCUGUUUGCUAUGAUACGACAACUAGGAAUCCCCACAUGGUUUUGUUCAUUUUCCUCAGCUGACAUGCGCUGGCCUGAAAUGAUAACAACACUCAGUCAUGAACAAAAUAAAAAUGUGCCUAUUGAUGAACUGACUUGGUCAGAGAAAUGUGCAUUGUUGAAACAAAACCCAGUUACAACUGCAAGAAUGUUUGACCACAGAUGGCACAGUUUCUUACUGUGCCACUCCAUGACUCCUAUUGGAAAAAUAUCAGACUACUUUUACCGUGUAGAAUUUCAAAACAGAGGCUCCCCUCACUGUCAUUGCUUAUUCUGGGUGGAAUCAGCCCCUCAAAUUGACAAAGACCCUGAUGAGAAAGUUGUAGACUUUAUUGACAAGUAUGUAUCUUGUGAACUGCCAUCAUCAGAUGAUGAUGAACUGUGUGAGAUUGUAAACACUGUGCAAAAACAUAGCAAUAAGCACUCAAAAACCUGUAGGAAAAAAAAAACUGAAUGUCGGUUUAACUUUCCACGACCCCGAUCUUGUCGAACAUUUAUUGAUCGUAUUGUCCAACCUGCAAAAAAAAACUUGAAUGUCACUUAUGCACAAAAUCAAUGCAAUACAGAACAAUCACAUCAACCAAUGAAUGAGGAAGACGAAUUGAGAAAACUGAUGACACCAGACGUGGCUGAAAAGAUGUUGAAAAUGGUCAGAACAGCUUUACUAAAUAGUGACCAAACAUUUGAAUCGACAGAGGAACUGUUUGAAAGCAUCGGCAUUUCACAAUUGCUUUUUGAAAUAGCAAAUUCACAACUAACCAAUAAAACCAGCGUUGUUUUAAAAAGAAAGCCCGGUGACAUUUGGAUUAACCAAUUCAACAAAGACCUGUUAAGAGCUUGGAAUGCCAAUAUGGAUAUUCAGUACAUUGUGGAUGCAUAUUCUUGUGUAGUGUACAUUAUUUCUUAUAUAUCCAAAGCAGAGAGAGAAAUGGGAUUGUUACUCGAUUGUGCACAAAAAGAAGGACAUAAAGGCAAUCUGGAUGCCAAAGCUGCAUUCAAAUCACUCGGCAGUGUUUACCUUCAUAAUAGAGAAGUGUCUGCACAAGAAGCAGUAUAUCGACUAACUGGAAUGCAUUUAAAGGAAUGCUCACGCAAAGUAACUUUCAUACCAACAGGAGAACACCCUAUGCGCAUGAGUUUACCUCUCAGUGUAUUGCGAGACAGAAAACAAAAUGACAACAAUGAACAUAACACUAUAUGGAUGACAAGUGUGAUAGACAGGUAUAAACAUAGACCACAAUCACCACUGUUUCAAAACAUGUGCCUUGCCACGUUUUGCUCGGAAUAUCGAGUCUUGAGUCAAAGUGAAGUCCCAGCUAAUCCAAGCGAAUGUGUCGUUCAACUUCAGGACAAUUCUGGCCACAUCAGAAAAAGAACACGCACGGAACCAGCUGUUAUUAGAUAUGCAAGACUGUCACCCACAAAAGAUCCAGAAAAAUAUCAUCAAAGCCAGUUACAAUUGUUUUUGCCCCACUAUGAAGACUGUCAGUUGAAACCACAUCCUUUUGUAACAUACGAAGAUUUUUACAAUGUUGGAAUUGUACGUGACUUCAGUGAUGACAUAGACAAAGUUAAAGAAAUUGUUGAGAAUAAUAGGUCCUUGUAUGAACAAAAUUCUGACAAACUAGAUGAUGCUCAACUCAUUAUGGAACAGCAGGUUGAUUUGGAUGAUGCAUGGGCACAGAUUUGCCCCCAGUCUGAAAUGGAACGCCUUCAAUGUUUACAAUCCCAGGAGGUUAUGCACAAUAAAACUGAUUUACAACCCAUUUCAGAAAAUAUUCCAGACCUGACAGAAACUUUGCCUAUGACUGGUAACAUAGAAGUUAGAAAAACAUUCAUGACUAAAGAAGCAGCAUGGAACAUAAUGAGAUCUUUAAAUGAUGAGCAAGCGCGCAUAUUUUACAAACUACGUCAGUGGAGUUUAGAAACAGUAUGGGGACGAAAACCACAACAAAUACACCUUUUUGUCACUGGUGGAGCGGGCACAGGAAAAAGCCAUUUGAUUAAAGCCAUACAUUAUGAGUUGUCUCGAAUUUUAGCGCAACUAUGUACAAACCCUGAUGACACUACAGUGCUAAUAACAGCUCCUACUGGCGUUGCCGCGUAUAACAUUGGUGCUGCUACCAUACACAACACUUUUUGUAUUGGCACAGAUGUGCGAUUACCUUACCAGCCGUUGGGUGAGGAAAAGAUAAACUCUUUACGAGCUAAACUAUCCAAUUUACAAUUACUGAUCAUUGAUGAAAUAUCAAUGGUAGACAACAGACUCUUUGCAUACAUUCACGGAAGACUAAGACAAAUAAAACAAUCCGGAGAUCAUUCUUUGUUUGGAAAAGUUAGUAUGGUUGCUGUGGGAGAUUUUUACCAGUUACCGCCUGUGAAAGGGAAACCUCUGUACAGUUGUACAGUACAUAUGCCAGGACUGAACAUUUGGAACGAUCACUUUGAAAUUGCACAUUUGACACAAGUUGUGAGACAAAAAGAUUCAACUUUUGCUGAGUUGCUAAAUCGCAUACGUAUCCAUCAAAAAUCAACUCCUAUGUUGCCUACCGACGUUGAAAUAUUGAAGCAAUGUGAAACAGGAGAAGUCUCGAAUGCACUCCACAUUUUUGCUACAAAUAAACAAGUUUGCAAUUACAACUGUCAAAUGCUCAAUUCAAUUUGCCCAAAUGCUAUAACUAUUGAAGCACAAGACUUUGAGCGUAAUCCAAAAACAGGACGUAUGGAAAGAAAGAAUGGCCACCACACCAAAGUUUUUAAUAGUUGUCUUAAGCCAAGUGUGAGUUUGGGUAUACACGCGUGCAUCAUGCUGACUAAAAACAUUGACGUUUUAGAUGGACUCGUUAAUGGUGCUUUUGGGACAGUUAUCCAAAUCAUGUUUGAUACGGACAAAUACUUUCCCUCUGAAAUACAUGUUGAAUUUGAUGACAGUAAAAUUGGACAACUGCAAAGAGCUAAAAUAACUACAGCAAAUAAUACUCAUUGAAACCUCACAAUAAUUAAACCUGUAGAGGACAGAGUCUCGAACAAUGGUGGAAUACGCCGUCAGUACCCAAUACAAUUAGCCUGGGGUUGUACCGUUCACAAAGUUCAAGGUCUUACAGUGAAAAGUGCAGUCGUAAACUUGAAAAAGAUAUUUGCACCAGGACAAGCUUAUGUAGCUUUAAGUCGUGUGUCUUCGCUGUCAGGCUUAGUAAUUGAAGACUUAAACGAGUCAAAGAUUUAUUGUAACAGCAACAUCAAAGAAGUUCUUGCAACAAUGGCUCCCUUCAUCUAA